AUGGCUGGAGUACUCCAAUUUCUUGCUGCUUCUCUAUUUCUUUAUACCCUGAUCAUAACAAUCUCCCAAUUUCAUUUCAGUACUUCUGCAAAACUCAGUGGGUUGAGCCUGAAGAUCAUCCCUAGGGACUGUCCAGAGUCUCCUUUAUAUCCUGGAAACCUGACUCGACUUGAGAGAAUAGAAAGAUUGAUCAGAUUCUCUAAAGCUAGAGCCCAAUAUUUGGAAACAAUAUCCAGUACUGUCAAUUCGACAAUAUUGGACAACAAGAACAUCCGUUUUACAUUGUUCCUUGAUAAUUUCUUAUUCGUGGUGCAGGUAGGCAUUGGAUUACCAGAGAAGCUGGUGUUUUUACUUAUGGACACAGGUGGUGGCCUGAUUUGGACGCAGUGCGAACCAUGCAAGAACUGUUACAAGCAAGCAUAUCCCAUUUACAAUUCAGGUGCUUCCAUUACUUACAGGAAACUCCCUUGCAACCACCCUCUCUGUCAAGGCGACAAUGCCCGCUACCAAUGCGUCAAUGGCGAAUGCGUUUACGACCUCGGUUAUCUUGGCGGGGCGUCAACCAAAGGCGUUGCAUCCUUUGAAACAUUCAAAGUUCCAGUCGACGAAUCUAACGCCAAGUACAUUUAUAAUAUAAUCUUUGGCUGCUCGAACGAUAACCAAGGCAUGCAAUUUGCCAAAAAUGGUGUCAUUUCUGGGGUCUUGGGAUUGAGCCUGUCACCGGAUUCACUAGUCUCUCAGACGCUCGAUGAAGACUACCAACGAUUCUCUUAUUGCUUGAUACCUUUUGAUGAAACCAUCAUCAUGACUCCUAGUCUUCUAAGAUUUGGUACUGACAUUCCCUUACCGCCGGCAAACAUUCAGACAACCCCAUUUGUCAAACCACCGUCCGGGACAAAUUAUUACCUUUUGAAUUUACAGGAUGUAAGUGUUGGUUUCCAUCGACUUGGGUUUCCACCAGAUACCUUCAAACCCAAGCAAGAUGGCACAGGUGGUUGUAUUAUAGACUCAGGAGCUUUGAUCUCUAGACUUGAUCAGAAUACCAUUAAUGGGCGCAAUGCUUACAGGGAGGUGAUGGGUGCAUUUCAGAAUCAUUAUGAUUCUUUCAAGCUUCAGAGAAUUGGAAAAGUGGCAGAGGGACUUGAACUUUGUUACAAGUACACACAGGAUUUCAAGGAGUUUGCCACAAUGACGUACCACUUUGAAGGAGCAGACUACACUGUAGAUUCAAAGUACGUGAAUUUUUACGAGACUCAGGCAGGGUAUUUUUGCGUCGCACUGUUGCCAGGAAAUGGAAAAAGUUUACUAGGAGUAUGGCAUCAACAAAAUAUGCGCAUUAUUUAUGAUGCACAAAUUGGUGCACUCCAAUUUGCCACCGAGAAUUGUGCUAUUAAUAAUCUUAUAAAUUAA